AUGCCUUCUGCAGUGAUGUCCACGACACCAUCGACACCAAGCAUUGCCCAAGUAUCCAUAAUUAAUGAUGUAAAUCUAAAUCAAUACGACCUUGUGGAAAUCUCGCAUGAUUUAUACAUCAAGUUAUUCCCAGAGACAACCGAUACAUCUGUUGAUCGGUUUGUUCUUAUUAAGUUACUAGGUGCUCCUGACUUCUUUACCAAGUUUAACAUUUUCAAAAUUGAUUCCGUUAAUUCAAACUCAAGUAAUUUGAUUACAUUCAUUAACAACUCCAAUUUGAACAAAUUUGAAAAUGAUAAUUUGACGUUGAAUCAAGCCAUGAUUCAGGCAAUUGAUGGUGAGUUGAUUCCAAAAUUGACUCAGGUCUUUAUUUCUGUUCCUGCGGAAAUAUAUCAUCUUUUGCAUGACAAAUCAUCCCUGAUUAAACAGCAAUUGUUGGAUAAUUAUUUGGUCAAUAAUAGUAAUAUUCUUAACGAAGGGGACGCUAUCAGGUUGAUUAAUGGAAGAGUUGAUUUGUGUGAGCCUGUAACUCAAGGAAGAAUGGAUUUAUCCACUAAUGUUAUUCUUAUUAAGAGAGAACCAGAGAACAUCACGGAAGAAGACGAAGAAGAAGACGAAGAAGAAGACGAAGAAGAAGACGAAGAAGAAGAUUAUGAUGUAAAUUUGUCAAGUUAUUUAUCCUCAACACUUAAGUUCGACAAGGAGGAACAACUCAGCAAUCAAGUUAAAUUCGGAAUCAAACCAUUACCGGAAAAAAUCAACAUUGAUGACUUGCCGGAGCUGUGGAACAAGGAUGAUCUGGAAUUGUUCGUGUUUAUAAACACUUCUGAUUUCAUCAAGUUAAGAUUUCCUAUUUUCAAUGGAGAUUUGGUCAAGUUGAAAACCUCCACCAAGACAGUUAUAGUGAGAGUAUUCACAUUCCUUGAACCAAAUACUUUCAGAUUAGGUAAUGUUUACGUAUCACCCAUGUUAUUAAUCAACCUUGAAAUUGAUGAAACUACGCAAGUCGAAUUUGACCAAUUUCAAGGUAACUCAUUAUCCACGUCUAUUCCUAUUGCCGAAUCAGUCACCAUAUCAAGAGUGUGUUCUCAAAUUACCAUGGAUAAAACCUACCAAAGAAAUUUCUUUUCUAGUUUAAAGACAAGUUUAAGCACUCAGUUCAAGGCUGUUCAGCAAGGUGAUUUCUUCCCGGUUGUGAUUGAUUCAGUAUUGGCCAAGACCAUGUUUGAUAUGACUGAAACCAGCAAUGCUUCAGAAACCGAUGAAUUGGCAGAUACUGUGGAUGUGAUUCCUACUGGAGAUCCAGAUACAGUUGCUUGGUUUAAAAUCGUCGAAGUUAAGGGAAACAACGCAAUUGGAACCAAUCAAUUCUUAAUCGACCCAAAGAAAACCCUUCUUGUUUCUUCAGGAAUUGAAAGUGCUAGAUUACCGAAGAAUGACCAGACUCAAUGGUAUCAAUACUUGCAAUUACCCAAACUAUUCAACUAUUUCAACAAGCCCGAGUUCAAAUAUGCUCACGAGUUCAUCAAGAUUUUGCAAACAUGUACAAACUCGAAAAUCCCAUUAAAGACUACAGUUCUUCUUAAUUCUAUGAAUAGAGGAAUCGGAAAGACUACGUUAGUUAGAAAUGUUUGUAUUGAAAUGGGAUUGAAUUUGUUAGAAUUUGAUUGUUUAGAAUUAUUGAAUCCGGGACAAGAAUUGAAAACUAUCGGAUUAUUAACUGGUAAAAUCGACAAAUUGAUUGCAAAUGUACCAGCUGGCGAUUCUUAUCACGUUGUUUAUCUUAAGCAUAUUGAGAACUUAUGUCCGCUGACUGAUGAACAUGAUCAGAAUGGCAGUAUAUUCACGUCAUUAAGUUUGAAAGUGGUGCAAACAUUACAAGAUUACUUGGAGAACUACCCUAAUCUUGUGAUUGUAUUAAGUUGUAAUGAUUAUGAUAAGUUGAAUGAUAGUGUCAAGGCAUUGAUCAAGUUCACUAUUGAUUUUACCGUUCCUACUGAAAAUGAGAGAUUAGCCAUUUUUGAACAUUUAAUUAAUGAAGAAAAGAGAAGUAGUGGUGACGAUAUUAAUUCUUCUCCUUUCAUAAUUCGAAAGGAUAUCAAUUUCAAGAAUCUUGCAUUACAAUCUGCUGGUCUUACUCCAAGAGAUUUAAUUUCCAUCAUCAAAAAAUCGAAAAAGUUAGCAAUUAAACGAUUGACCAAGUUAGCUAAAGAAACUAACAUCCCAUUAUCAAAGUUGAUAGCCAUUGGUAAUGGUGGUGUCAUCAACUGGAUUCCUGAAGAUUUCAAUGCGGCAAUUAACGAAGCCCGUAAUCAAUUCAGUGAUUCCAUUGGGGCUCCUCGUAUCCCUAAUGUUAAAUGGGAGGAUAUUGGAGGGUUAGACCUUGUCAAGGAUGAAAUCUUGGACACAAUCGACAUGCCAUUGAAACAUCCUGAGCUUUUCAACAAUGGUCUCAAAAAGCGAAGUGGGAUCUUGUUCUAUGGUCCUCCAGGUACUGGUAAAACCUUGCUUGCAAAAGCGAUUGCCACUAACUUCUCGCUUAAUUUCUUCUCGGUGAAGGGUCCCGAAUUGUUAAACAUGUACAUUGGUGAAUCAGAAGCUAAUGUCCGUCGAGUAUUCCAGAAAGCCCGUGAUGCCAAACCAUGUGUUAUCUUCUUUGAUGAAUUAGAUUCCGUAGCCCCUAAGCGUGGUAAUCAGGGUGAUUCUGGAGGUGUAAUGGAUAGAAUUGUGUCGCAAUUGCUAGCUGAACUUGAUGGUAUGAGUGGUACUGAAGGUGGUGAUGGUGUGUUUGUGGUCGGUGCCACCAAUCGUCCUGAUCUAUUAGAUGAGGCACUUUUGAGACCAGGUAGAUUUGAUAAGUUGUUAUACUUGGGUAUUUCCGAUACCAAUGAAAAGCAAACCAAGAUUCUAGAAGCAUUGACAAGAAAGUUUAAGUUACAUGAUGAUGUCGAUUUGGAGAAAUUGGCUGAGAAUUGUUCGUUUACGUUCACGGGGGCCGAUUUUUAUGCAUUAUGCUCGGACUCGAUGUUAAAUGCUAUGACCAGAGUGGCCAAUGAAGUUGAUGAUAAGAUUAAUAAGUACAAUGAAAAGAAGGUAGAACAAGGAGAGGACAAAGUUAAUACAAGAUGGUGGUUUGAUAAUGUUGCCACGGAUGACGACAUUACUGUUUUGGUUAAAAUGGAAGAUUUCGUCAAGGCACAACAAGAAUUGGUUCCUUCGGUUAGUGCUGAGGAAUUACAACACUACUUGAGAGUUAGGGAGAAUUUUGAAGGUGGUAAAAAGAAACAAGAGCAAGCUGUUAUGAAUGGUAAUUAG